AUGACUUGCGUCGGUUCUUCUUGGUCACGGCCAAGCGUAGCUCUCCGAAUCUCCUUCAGUGGUCACAUUUCGUCUGGAUUCCAUCGAUAUCCUUUAUCGUGUCGAAUUUCCCUUUCCUCUUGCGAUGCCAACUUCGUCGUGUCUUGCUCCUCCGCAUCUGGACCGUCCGAUUCGAAUCUUGAAUCAUCGUCGAAUCGCUCUUAUAGCCGUCGAUGGUACAAUCCCCUUCCUCGGCGUCGACAUUCCGAUCAAAUGCCGACUUCUCGGAUUCCCCGUGACUGGAUCGAUUCGGAUACGUCUCCAGUUCCGGAAGCGUCAGAGAGAUUCACUGUAGUGUCGUACAACAUACUUGGAGAUAGAAAUUCAUCGUAUCACAGAGAUUUGUACUCCAAUGUGACUUUUCCUUACCUGAAAUGGGGCUACCGCAAAAGGUUGAUAUGCGAGGAACUGAUACGUCUCAAACCAGACAUCAUCUGUCUGCAGGAAGUAGACAAGUAUUUUGAUCUAUUCUGCAUGAUGGCAAAAGCUGGAUAUGCUGGCUCGUACAAGCGGCGAACUGGAGAUAACAUUGAUGGAUGCGCAAUGUUUUGGAAGGCAGACAGGUUUCGGGUCUUGGAGAGGGAAAACAUUGAGUUUAGCCAGUUUGGGAUGCGCGAUAAUGUUGCACAACUUUCUGUUCUCGCGCUACGGAAGUCUAAGUCAAGAAAGCUAGUUCUCGGUAACAUUCACGUGCUUUAUAAUCCAAGUAGAGGCGAUGUGAAGCUAGGCCAGAUCCGUUCAAUCUGCUCAAAGGCUCACUUGCUCUCUAAGAAAUGGGGUGACAUUCCCAUUGUUCUCGCCGGGGAUUUCAAUUGCACUCCCCAGAGUCCAUUGUACAACUUCUUGACGUCCUCUGAGCUGAAUAUCAUGGAACAUGACAGAAGAGAGCUAUCUGGCCAGAGGAAUUGUCACCCAACACAAGUUCUUGAGGCCGGAAACAAAUCUAGCAAUGUGAUCACUUCCGUAAACAGAUGCUUAAGUAGCUCUUGGACCAACGAAGAGAUCCGUGUCGCCACCGGGCAAGAGAACUCGUACUGGGCUGUGCAUCCGCUGAAACUUCAGAGCUCAUACGCCUCAGUUAAGGGCUCAUCAAAUACAAGGGACUGUGUUGGUGAACCUUUAGCGACCUCGUAUCACUCGAAAUUUCUAGGAACGGUUGAUUACCUCUGGUACUCAGAUGGUCUUGUACCUGCAAGAGUUCUUGAUACACUUCCCAUUGACGUUCUCUGCAAAACCAGAGGCCUUCCUUGUCAAGAACUGGGAAGCGAUCACUUGGCACUUGUUUCCGAAUUUUUCUUUGAACCGAACGGUUAA